AUGAAGUUCUUUGCUCUGAGUCUCGCUGUGAUUGCCGUGAUUUCCUGCACAUUGGCGCUACCCGUUGAACUGGUGGAUGGAGAACAACUAACCCUUUGGGAACUGGAAGCGGAUCAGGAUCCCCAAGUGGAUGAACUGGAGGGCGAACGAGUUGCUCGAGGAUUGGGAGGCCUGGGAGGACUUGGCGGAAAGUUCGGCGGCUUCGGAGGACUCGGUGGCCUGAAGGGAGGAUUCGGUGGUCUGGGUCAUGGAUUCGGCGGAGGCUUCGGUGGACACGGCUUCGGCGGCGGAUUCGGUGGACUCGGCAGCUUCAAGAGCCUCUUCAACAAGAAGUUCCGUUGAAGUAGCAGCUCUAACCCAAAACUAUAGUCUAAGAAUUUCGUAAUAAAACUUAGUUUAGUGAAUUUAAAA